CCUCCCUAUUUCUUUUUGCUCACUUCAAUUUCUUACACAGAACGAUAAGGGUACUCUAACGACACCAUUUUAGCACACCCAGUCAGAGGAAAAGUUUUACGUUUGAAUUCAAUAAAUUCAACCAGUAAAGGAGACUUCCCUUUUUGACUGAGUGCAGCUACAAUUAGUAACAAUCAUUUUACAGCACUGAUUUCAACUCAUUUGGUCUUGUGCAUCGUAUGAGUAAACAGACGAUUUUAGAAGAUUUUUGCUCAAUGAAUACCACAAUAAUACGUAACAGAGACGGGAAAGCAUUGUCCUCUCCAGCUAAUGCAGAAACGAGUGAACAUUGGGCAGUUACAAAGAAAAAUGCAGCUAUAUGGAUAGUUCCCAAAAAAUGCAAGCGGGAAGAAAAAAAACUUUUUAAAAUUAAAAUUCUUUAUUGUUGGGAUAAAAGCUGUUAUAAAUAUGAUGUUCAACAUGAAUUUGUAAUCAACAUCGACUGGACAUGAAUGAGCACAUCGGUAUAAGAUGGAAAAGAGAUGGAGAUGGAAAAAGCUCAUGGAGAAAUGCACCGUGUUGUAUUGGAGUCUCUUUACUCAGAAGAAGUACGCCACCCAGUGGGCAGUGAAACCACCAGAAAAGGGGUUUUCCGCGUGUUUGAGAUGUUUCAGUACAAAGCUCUGAACCGUCGUCUGCUUUAUGUCAUAAUGGAAGGAAUGAUGGAAACUUUGUUCCCUGACAACAAAUUUCGUGACAUUUUCCUGAAACUACACUCCAAGUCACCACGUGCUGCCAGCAGAUUGGAAGAAAAGCGACUAGUUAUGGAAGAAGAAGAAAGGGUGCGCUCAGAAAAAGAAAGGGCAAGAUCAGAAAGUGCAGAGAGGACCAAUAAAAAAAAGAAAGGGAAAUGAUUUUUCACAGAACUGAGUUCUUCAUGUUUUCUUGUAAAAAUUUCUCUUACACUGACGUGGCUUGACUUGGAGGCCAGAAAUGGAGAUGGUGCAAUGAAUGGAAGACAGUGAUUCAAAUUACUUAAAAAACUGACAAAUAUUUAAAAGUUCAAGCAAAAUGCAGAAAAAAUGAAUUCAUUUCAUUACAAACAGAUGCCCAUUUCCUCAAUGAAUUGACACU